GUACUUGGAUAUUUAUGAAGUGUUCGGGCGCCUUCGUAUUAUUAGCACUUGUCUGGGUGCCAAGCUUACGAACACUAUGAUAAAUGGCCAAAGACAGUAACGCUUUCCAGAAAGAGGCUCUGCGGUCUAAGCUUAAACCUAACCCUGACAAUCGUCUUUAGAAACAUUUUUUCCCUUCAAUACCGGUACCGUAGUUCUCCGCACACUUUCCCUGCACUGCGUUGACUUCAUACACACUUCAAGAAUUCCUCUGUCUUAUCGCCGGAUACGGUUCAUUGAUCCCCUGCAGACUAAUACUCUUUCCAAAUUAUCCCCAUCAAACGAUAUCUACACCACACAAGCGCAGCCGCAACUCAGACUCUCCCUAGCAUGGUAUGCAUCCCACCGCCCCGGAUCAUGGACAAACUAGCUUAACACCUUACUUUCUCCUCGUGUAGAAAGUGAAAGCUCUUUCGCGGUCGUCCUCGACGUAUUGUCCUGCGGGGACGAAUGCCACCGUGCAGCCCCGAAACCUGGAUCCUGAAAUACACCCUUUCGAAAAGGCUCGUGAGUAUACCCGAGCAUUGAAUGCGACCAAACUAGAGCGCAUGUUUGCGGCCCCCUUUAUCGCUCAACUGGGAACGGGCCAUGUCGACGGCGUAUAUUCGUUAGCAAAAGAUAUCCGCACCCUCAACCGAAUAGCAUCAGGUUCCGGCGACGGCGAGGUCAAAAUAUGGGACCUGGCGGAUAGAAGGGAGGUUUUGACAGUUAAGGCUCAUGAAGGAAUUGUGAAGGGGUUGUGCUUUACAUCUGUUGGCGGGGAUGAUCGAUUGCUAUCCUGCGCGAGUGAUAGGACGGUCAAGCUGUGGAGUCCACGAGGGGUUGGUGCUAGCUCGAACGUUCCCGCUGCGACAUAUCUCGGUCCCGGAGCCUUCAAUGGGGUCUCCCAUCACCGACUGGAUCACACAUUCGCCACUGCAUCAUCUGUGAUAGAUAUCUGGGACAUCGGUCGUUCGAAACCGAUCGCAACUCUCCAGUGGGGCGCCGACACGAUCAAUACUGUCAAGUUCAACCAGUCAGAGACCUCCAUCCUUGCUUCGGCAGGAUCGGACCGAACCUUGAUAUUCUACGAUCUUCGGACCUCGUCCCCGACGGCCAAAGUUGUUACGAGGCUGCGGACGAACGCCAUCUGCUGGAAUCCGAUGGAGCCGUUUAACCUUGCCGCCGCGAGCGAGGACCAUAAUACAUAUAUCUUCGACAUGCGUAAACUCAACAGAGCAUUGAAUGUCCUGAAGGAUCAUGUUUCCGCAGUCAUGGACGUGGAUUAUUCGCCUACCGGGGAAGAAUUGGUGACUGGUAGCUAUGACCGGACUAUCAGGAUCUACAGAGCCCGUGACGGGCAUUCAAGGUAAUUUUAUUCAUAGGACCUAGCUCAUAUAUCAUUUGGGGCGAUCGCCUCCGAAUGCGAAAAGUGCUGACACCAGUGCGACGCUUGCAGGGACAUCUAUCAUACAAAACGAAUGCAACGCAUAUUCUCGGUUGCCUUCACAACCGACACUCGCUAUAUACUCUCCGGGUCUGAUGACGGGAACGUCCGUCUCUGGCGCGCGGAGGCCUCCCAACGCUCCCACAUACGCUCGGCCCGCGAGCGUACAAAACUCGAAUACGAUAACGCCCUCAAAGAAAGAUACAAACACAUGCCCGAGAUUCGUAGGAUAGCGAGGCAUAGACACGUCCCUAAACCUAUAAAGAAAACGGGAGAGAUCAAGAAAAUUGAGGAGGCUAGCCUCAAGAGAAAGGAGGAGAACAGGAGAAAGCAUUCGAAGAAGGGUCAAACGCGGAGAAUCCCGCAAAGGGAAGCGAUGGUUAUUGCCCGAGAAUAAACGAGCGAGGCAUGGUGAGGAGGUAGGGAAAAGGGGAGGGCCAGCACCAGCUAAAUGUAAAAUAGAAAAGCACAUUUUUGAUGAUGGAAACCCAACGUAAUGGAGGGUAAAUAAAUGUCAGAUGCGACAUA